GAUAAUUUGGUGGAAUAAACGAUUGUAAAACCCGUCCUCGAUUCUGGCGAGAGGGUUGAUGGUGAUGUAAGAGGGAGAGAAAAAAGAAGUGAGGAUCAAAAUCGAAGGGGUGUUGAUUUGAGAGAGAAAAGGAGAGAAAUCUGAGUAUAAAUGACCCUACUUCCAGUGAAAUCACUCGAUUCCUUUGGAAUAUCACCGUGUUCUUCCUCAUCCACUAGUAUUGCACUCAGAAGAGGAACAAUUGCACCAUUUUCAUACCUCCUUGUCUCCUCCAUCCACCGUCUUCCUUCCCUUCGCUUAUCGAUUCGCACUGCUUCCACUGUUGUUAGAGCAAUGGCGUCCCACGUUGUUGGUUAUCCUCGUAUUGGUCCGAAGAGAGAACUUAAAUUUGCCCUGGAGUCUUUCUGGGAUGGGAAGAGCACUGCUGAUGACUUGCAGAAAGUGGCUACUGAUCUCAGGGCAUCUAUUUGGAAGCAGAUGGCCGACGCUGGAAUUAAGUUUAUCCCUAGCAACACUUUUUCGUAUUACGAUCAAGUGCUCGACACUGCAACUAUGCUUGGUGCUGUUCCUUCAAGAUAUGGAUGGAACGGUGGUGAGAUUGGAUUUGACACGUACUUCUCCAUGGCUAGAGGGAACGCUUCGGUUCCUGCCAUGGAAAUGACAAAGUGGUUUGACACCAACUACCAUUACAUCGUCCCCGAGCUGAGUCCCGAAGAUAAAUUCACUUAUGCAUCUCACAAAGCAGUAAACGAGUACAAGGAAGCUAAAGCUCUCGGAGUCGAGACCAUCCCAGUUCUUGUAGGCCCUGUGUCCUUCUUGUUGCUAUCGAAACCCGCCAAGGGAGUUGAGAAAUCCUUUUCACUUCUCUCUCUAGUCGGCAAAAUUCUUCCCAUUUAUAAAGAAGUUGUUUCAGAGCUGAAGGCUGCUGGUGCCACAUGGAUUCAAUUUGAUGAGCCUACACUUGUGAAAGAUCUUGAUACACACCAGUUACAAGCAUUUGCUCAUGCCUACUCGGAGCUGGAAUCAGUCUUAUCCGGUUUAAAUGUUCUGAUCGAGACAUAUUUUGCUGAUGUUCCGGCUGAGGCAUACAAGACCCUUACAUCUUUGAAGGGUGUCUCUGGUUAUGGAUUUGACCUUGUUCGUGGAACACAGACACUUGAUCUUAUCAAAGGCAAAUUUCCUUCGGGCAAAUAUCUCUUUGCUGGAGUGGUCGAUGGAAGAAACAUAUGGUCAAAUGACCUUCAAGCUUCCCUAAAUACUUUGGAGGCGUUACAAAAUGUCGUUGGGAAAGAAAAUAUUGUCGUCUCCACUUCAUGCUCGCUUCUUCACACUGCUGUUGAUUUGGUGAAUGAAACGAAAUUAGAUGAUGAAAUUAAGUUAUGGCUUGCUUUUGCCGCGCAGAAAGUUGUUGAAGUUAAUGCCUUGGCCAAGGCAUUAUCUGGACAUAAAGAUGAGGCGUAUUUUUCGGCCAAUGCUGCAGCUCAAGCUUCAAGGAAAUCGUCCCCAAGAGUGACAAAUGAGGCUGUCCAAAAAGCUGCUGCUGCUCUGAAGAGCUCUGACCACCGCCGGGCGACUAAUGUAAGUGUCAGGUUGGAUGCUCAGCAGAAGAAGUUGAACCUUCCAAAGCUACCUACCACAACAAUUGGAUCCUUCCCUCAAACUAUGGAUCUUAGAAGAGUGCGACGUGAAUUCAAAGCGAAAAAAAUCUCUGAGGAAGUCUAUGUCAGCUCCAUCAAGGAGGAAAUCAAUAAAGUUGUUCAGCUUCAGGAAGAGCUCGAUAUCGAUGUCUUGGUGCAUGGAGAGCCUGAGAGAAAUGAUAUGGUUGAAUACUUUGGAGAGCAACUGUCCGGCUUUGCCUUCACUGUCAACGGUUGGGUCCAAUCCUAUGGAUCCCGUUGCGUUAAGCCACCUAUCAUCUACGGUGAUGUCAGUCGUCCAAAACCCAUGACCGUCUUUUGGUCGACAAUGGCUCAGAGCAUGACAAAACGACCUAUGAAGGGAAUGCUUACCGGUCCAGUGACAAUCUUGAACUGGUCUUUUGUUAGAAAUGACCAACCAAGGUUCGAGACAUGCUACCAAAUCGCCUUAGCCAUUAAGGACGAGGUUGAGGAUCUCGAGAAAGCUGGUAUUACUGUCAUCCAGAUUGACGAGGCAGCACUGAGAGAGGGUUUGCCUCUCCGAAAGUCCGAGGAAAAUUUCUACUUGAAUUGGGCUGUUCAUUCGUUCCGAAUCACCAACUGUGGUGUUCAAGAUACCACCCAGAUCCACACCCACAUGUGCUACUCGAACUUCAACGACAUCAUCCAUUCGAUAAUCGACAUGGAUGCUGAUGUGAUCACCAUUGAGAAUUCCAGGUCAGACGAGAAGCUUCUAUCUGUCUUCCGUGAGGGAGUAAAAUACGGAGCUGGAAUCGGACCUGGAGUCUACGACAUCCAUUCACCCCGUAUCCCCUCGACCGACGAAAUUGCUGACAGGAUCAACAAGAUGCUUGCUGUUCUGGAAAGCAACAUCCUCUGGGUGAACCCCGAUUGCGGUCUCAAAACCCGAAAGUACACCGAAGUCAAGCCUGCCCUCCUCAACAUGGUCGAUGCUGCUAAGCUCCUUCGCUCACAACUGGCCAGUGCCAAGUAAGUUUGAGAAUGCUAUGGAGCUUUUUUUACCUUAGGAAAUAAAAAAAUUUAAAUUUUCGAUAAGAUUUUGGCCUUCUAGUGAAGUGAUCUUGCUCUCUUUCUUGG